UACAGGCAGGACGCACACACACAUAUCACAUGCAUGCAUGUAGAAACACACACACGAAAAAGAGGAAAUUGGAUCGAGUGUGGAUAAUCAUUGCAUUAGUGCAGAGUGUGCAAUCAGCGAGGGCCUGAGGGAGCAAAGCACACCUUGUGUUUUUACUUUACAGGCCGAGUCCUUUUCUAAUGGCUUGUGCUGCUGUGUUAAGUGUUUUUUUGUUUUGUUUUUGUGGAUGUGGGCGUGUGUGUGUUUGUGUCAAAGGGAAUUAGGGGCAAAAUGAGGAGAUGGAGCCUGACUGAAGUGGCAUGAUGUCACUGCGGAUCGAUUUUCAUGAACAGAUAAUUAUUUUAAAGAACACAUCUGAAGUGAAUAACAGCACUUUAACUGACCGGCGUCUGAACGUCAUUACAGUUAGCGUGUGCGGCUAACUAGCUUACAACUUGCAGUAACCCAUCGUUACAUGUUCUGAGAGGACACUUACAUCAUCUGGAUUUAAGGGAAGACUCGUCUCUGCGUCCAAUGCAAGAGGUGUGUCUGAUGUGACGCCAGCUGGCUGGCUCAGGGAUCACAACUACAAUACAAUGUAGACACCAAAAACCAGACCGAAUAAGAGUCUGAAGACCGAGCCGACAGAAGGAGGGUGAGUUCAAGGAGGAGCAAUAGCUGUGCUGAAACGACACCGGCCGAGGAUCAGAAGUGAAGAGAAAGACCGAGGCAGCAGACUGUGAAUCAUUGACCCGAACCCUGUUGUGUCACCUACUCCUUCCUGUCAAGUGUUCACUCGUUCUCGCAUCUCUGCCGGAGAGGGAUCACAGCCUCAGCUCUCCGACCCACGCGUCACCUUUUUGCCUCUCAGCGGUGUUGACAUCUGAACAGAUCGGAGACUCCAGCCGCCGUCAGCAUGUGCCAUGUCAUUGUCACCUGCCGCUCCAUGCUGUGGACUCUGCUGAGCAUUGUGGCCGCGUUCGGAGAGCUCAUUGCCUUCAUGAGCACUGACUGGCUGGUGGGAUUCCCCCGCACCCCCGAUGCCGUCUUCGGCCCCCAUGGGGCCACCGCAGCUGGAGAGGCCUACAGGCCCACUUUGGGCAUCUACGGCCGCUGUAUAAAACUGCCCCACCUGCAGCGUGGAAUACUGUGCGGACCGUACGCCAUACACUUUGGGGAGAUCGCCAGCGGGUUCUGGCAGGCUACGUCCAUCUUCCUAGCGGCAGGAAUCCUGCUGCUGUGCGCUGUGGCGUUCAUCUCAGUGUUCACCAUGUGCUUCCAGAGCAUCAUGAAGAAGAGCAUCUUCAACGUGUGUGGACUGCUGCAAGGGAUCGCUGGUCUGUUUCUGAUCCUGGGUCUGAUGUUGUACCCUGCUGGCUGGGGUUCGGACAAGGUCCAGCUGUACUGCGGUCCCGACGCGGCUCCGUACCGGGCCGGGCUCUGCUCCAUGGGCUGGGCCUUCUACACUGCCAUGGGCGGCACCGUGCUCACCUUCAUCUGCGCUGUCUUCUCUGCACAGGCCGAGAUCGCCACCUCCAGCGACAAGGUCCAGGAGGAGAUCGAGGAGGGAAAAAGCCUGAUCUGCCUCCUCUGAGGCCCAGAUACUUUUGUACUUGUGGGGGAAAAAGAAGAAGAGAAACAGGCCAAUAACAAGCCACACCUGCCCUUCUGGCCUGUGAAAUGGAGGCCCCAGCGUUGUUUACCACUAAAACUAACUCCGUUUUGUCUCUGUUUUCUGUUCACGUGGGAGAAAUCUACAAGUGCCAAGUUUUUUCUCAGUGUGUGUCUUUGUCUUUCUGCCACUAGAGGUGCUGUGUCCGUUAUUGUAUUCAUGUUAACCAUGUGGACGCCCAGAGAGGCUUUGUCUGUCGCCACAUGUCCUGUAAAUAAGUGUGAUUUUAUAUAUAUAUAUAUAUAUUGUACAUAAUUAAUGAUGGCAGAAUGAUUGGUCAGCUUGAUCCAGGCUGGGCUGAUGAUGUCACACUGGUGUUUCUGUCACCGGACCACGACCAGCGAACCUGGAUCUGUUACCUGUUUGCCACGUGUGUGAGUGUUAACUCAGCAAGGGAACCACUACUCAGUCAGAAUAAACUACUCGCAGAAUCAGAGCGGAUGUCCUUUAAAGCUUCCAGAAUGUACUGCUAUCUGAAUGCUUUGUGUGUCUGCAGAGCCUCAAAAAGCAUCGACGGGAUUUGUUUUUCCGACAGACUGCACGAGGACAAGCGAAGGAAGCUCUGUGGUGCAUUUUCUUUGUCCCGUAUCGAAGUGAGCUUAAUCCCAGCCUAAGCUGAAGGAUGGCCUGUGAAGGGUCUGGUCCUCGUUCAGCAGACGUCCUGUAAUCUGUGCACAAAGACUUGGGACCGAACGAUGAGGACGCACAAAUGAAGAAUUGCUGUUAUUAGUAAAGUCUGGUUUCAGGGAGUCUGUCGAGUCAUAGAUAGUGUCCGAUUUAUUCCCAUUUGUUUCUGCCAAACGAAUAAAGAGAAGGGAAAAAAUAAA